UCGGUAAAGGUGAGGUUGGUGAAGUUUCGUACAACUUCGUACAACUUCGUAUUUCGUAUAUGGUAUGCAUAUGUGACGUGUACGACGUAUUGUAUGUGAUGUAAUAUUGAAAAUUAACACCACAGAAGUUAAAAAAACGUAAUUAAAUGGCAAACAUGGCAUCUUCCCCAACUGGUGGCGUGAAAGCAAUAAAUAUUGAAGGCCGUAUGGCCAGGGAAAGAAAGCGUUUGUUAGGUAUGACAGAUGAGGAACGUGCAUGGAGAGCAAAAUUCCUUAAAAGUCAGAUAAUUCCACCUGGAGAACCAAUAGAAACUCCUGAAUAUUACAAGGAAUAUUACAAUCCUUUGAAGAGACUCAUCAGAAUACCCUUGAAUCUAAUGGAGAACUCACUGGCUCCUAUUAUGGGUAAAAGGAAUGCAUUGGUCACACGUACUGUGACAUCGAAACUUAUAAUAGGUAUCGUAGGAAUAUAUUGCACAUGGUACUACGCUAAAUAUAAUACAGCGGUAUGGUACCGUAAAUCUGGUUGGUAUGUAAUGAAAGUAAGACAUGCCCAAUUACCAGGAGAAGAAGGCUAUCCUGGUCCUACUGUUAAAAAGCCAAAUGAGUAUGCGAGCCGCGGGUUUGAAAACUCUCCAAUAUAAAAUACUGUAUGAGUUGUACGUAAAUAGUCUUUAAAUAUAACAAUGUUAUUCAUUGUACAA